GGAGGAAGUAUGAGCACCGCUGCCUGCCAAAGGACAGACGUGUCCGCGGCGCUGACAUGGGCACUGCUGCGGGACUGCGGUCUGCUGGGAGGACAUGGGCUCUGGGCUCCUGUGGCAUCUUCUACCUGGGCAUUGCUGCCAUCGCAUGGGGUGCAGUGACAUGGGUGGAGGUGGGUGCCUGGACAUACCACUACAGUGACCGAGGGGACUACGCAUGGGAACAGGCCAGGAACUACUGCCAGACCUUCUUCACUGACCUGGUGGCAAUCCAAAACAAGCAGGAGAUCGAGUACCUCAACAGGAGCCUGCCCUUCCACAAGCGCUACUACUGGAUUGGCAUCCGCAAGCUGCAUGGCACCUGGACCUGGGUGGGCACCAGGAAGGCGCUGACAAAGGAGGCGGAGAACUGGGCAGCCAGGGAGCCCAACAACCGCCGCUCCAACCAGGACUGCGUGGAGAUCUACAUCAAGAGGCCACAGGAGUCGGGCAAGUGGAACGAUGAGUCCUGCAACCAGAAGAAAAAGGCGCUGUGCUAUCGGGCUUCCUGCCAGCCCUUCCAGUGCAGCCAGCGUGGCGAGUGUGUGGAGACCAUUGGGAGCUACCGCUGCGAGUGCUACCCCGGCUUCCAUGGCCCUGAGUGCGAGAACGUUGUGCAGUGUGCCAAGCUCGAGCCCAGGGGAGUGCACAUGAACUGCAGCCAUCCCUACGGAGACUUCAGCUACAACUCCACCUGUGUGUUCAGGUGCCAGGAGGGGUUUGAGCAGCGAGGAGCAGACACGCUGCGGUGCCUGCCUUCCCAGCAGUGGUCAGCAGACACCCCCACGUGCACAGCCAUCAGCUGCCCAGUGCUCAGUGCUCCAGACCAAGGAGAGCUGAACUGCUCCCACCUCUAUGGGGACUUCACCUUUGGAUCCAAAUGUGCCUUCUCCUGCCAGACAGGGUUUGCACUGACAGGGCCAGAGAGCCGCGAGUGCACGGCCACAGGGACAUGGACUGGGGACUCACCACACUGUGAAGCCGUUGCCUGCCCAGUGCUCAGUGUGCCUGACCAAGGAGAGCUGAACUGUUCCCAUCUCCAUGGAGACUUCACCUUCGGAUCCAGAUGUGCCUUCUCCUGCCAGACGGGGUUUGCGCUGAUGGGGCCAGAGAGCCGUGAGUGCACGGCCACAGGGACAUGGACUGGGGACACCGCCCGAUGCAAAGCCAUCGCCUGCCUGGCACUCAGCGCUCCAGACCAAGGAGAGCUGAACUGCUCCCACCUCUAUGGGGACUUCACCUUCAGAUCCAAAUGUGCCUUCUCCUGCCAGACUGGAUUUGCACUGAUGGGGCCAGAGAGCCGUGAGUGCACGGCCACAGGGACAUGGACUGGGGACUCACCACAUUGUGAAGCCAUCAGCUGCCCAGUGCUCAGUGCUCCAGACCAAGGAGAGCUGAACUGCUCCCACCUCCACGGGGACUUUACCUUUGGCUCCACAUGUGCCUUCUCCUGCCAGACUGGGUUUGUGCUGAUGGGGCCAGAGAGUCGCAAGUGCACAGCCACAGGGACAUGGACUGGGGACAACCCACGAUGCAAAGCCAUUACCUGCCCGGUGCUCAGUGCUCCAGACCAAGGAGAGCUGAACUGCUCCCACCUCCACGGGGACUUUACCUUUGGCUCCACAUGUGCCUUCUCCUGCCAGACUGGGUUUGUGCUGAUGGGGCCAGAGAGUCGCAAGUGCACAGCCACAGGGACAUGGACUGGGGACAACCCACGAUGCAAAGCCAUUACCUGCCCGGUGCUCAGUGCUCCAGACCAAGGAGAGCUGAACUGCUCCCACCUCCAUGGGGACUUUACCUUUGGCUCCACAUGUGCCUUCUCCUGCCAGACGGGGUUUGUGCUGAUGGGGCCAGAGACCCGUGAGUGCACAGCCACCGGGAGAUGGACUGGGGAUGCUCCACGAUGCAAAGCCACUGCCUGCCCAAUGCUCAGUGCUCCCAGCUGGGGAGAGCUGAACUGCUCCCACCUCCAUGGGAACUUUGCCUUCGGCUCCACGUGUGACUUCUCCUGCCAGACAGGGUUUGUGCUGAUGGGGUUGGAGAGCCAUGAGUGCACAGCCAUGGGGACCUGGACUGGGGACACCCCACAGUGCAAAGCCAUCAGCUGCCCUGUGUUGGACCCUCCCAGCAGAGGCCAGCUGAGCUGCUCUCACGUGCACGGGAACUUCACAUACAACUCCACAUGCACUUUUUCCUGUGAGAAGGGGUUUCUUCGGAUGGGAGCGGAGAUGCUUUGGUGUGAAGCCACAGGGAACUGGACCAGGCAUGCCCCUGUCUGUGAAGAGGAUGGUGCCCCCUUCCUAAAGCAAGUCCUGGCUUACAGCAGUGGCACGGCCCUGGCAUUAGCUGGCAUCGUCCUCUCAGGGAUGCUUAUUGCCCUCCUUGCCAAGCGACUCAGUAACAGAGAGGAGAAGAAGAAGCUCCUGAACCCCACCAGUGACUUAGGAUCGCCGGGCAUCUUCACCAACGCAGCGUAUGACGCCAACCUGUAAGCCUGGCUGUGACCAAACUCCACCACGUCCCGCAGCACUGCCGGGGCCUCGAGGGACUUCACGCCUGUGGCUGCAGCCCGGACCCAUGCUGCCGCGUGGAGACCACACCCACGCUGCGUGUGCACCCCCUGCCCUGUGGCCCGCACGCGUGAAGGCAUCUGAAGACCAGCCUGGGGCCGUGGGCCGCCUCUCUCGCCUGCUGCCAGCCCCCUCCCCUCACGGAGCUGCCACCCUCCCUUUGGACGUUCCCCCGCGGCUCCCCCCACCCGUGCUUCUAGCGACAGGCUCGUGUCAGCGGGGCCUGAAUAA